CGGGAAUCCAAUCUGUGGAAUGAUGAUCUAACCACAUCAAAUGAAUCACUUACUGCCUUAGCUGAUGCCAUUAGAGUUGUCAAUGAUCUCAAAGACAUGCGGCAUAAGGUGCUCUCCUCUGACAGAGUAGGAUGAUGCUGAAGAGGCAAAAUUGAUCACCCAGUUGGCUGAAAUGGAUAUCAUAAACGAUCAACUUUUCCAGCAAGCAUAUACUGCAUCAUUGGAUGUUAACAAGUUCCUGGAUCGUUAUGAGAUGUCUAAACUUCUUAGGGGUCCAUAUGACAAUGAAGGUGCUUGCAUGAUCAUCAAAGCCGGAAUGGAAGGCACUGCUUCUGAGAUGUGGACUGAAAAGGUCCUGCAUAUGUAUGCCAGAUGGGCUGAAAAUAAUGGUUGUAAUGUGACAGGUUUGGAGACAUUUCCUUCGAUGGAAGGUGGCACCAAGUUAGCCACUAUUGAGUUUGAAAAGGAGUACAUGUAUGGCUACCUUUCUGGAGAGAGAGGAAUCCAUAGACUGAUCCACAGCUCUCUUGAUGGAUCUACUAUUCGUGAGACUUGGUCGGCAAGCAUAGAUGUGAUCCCCCUUUUCCUUGAGAAGAUGAUUGAUUUUCACAUAGAUGAUAGAGAUAUCGAGGUAUCAUCUCCAUCUCAUGGGGAAACUUUCUGCAGAAGCAAAAUUUCAGUCAGCAUCCAUCAUAUUCCGAGCAAUACGAUUGUGCAAUGCUCAGGUGAAAGGAGCCAGUUUGCGAACAAGAUGAAAGCUCUUAAUCGCCUUAAAGCAAAGCUUCUCGUCAUGGCAAUGGAAGAGAGAUCAGAAACAAACAAGAUAAAAAAUGACGAUUUCUUGAAAGAAAACAAAUAUGAGACAAGGAGGUAUCUGCUUCGCCCUCAGAAAUCAGUACACGAUAUAAAAACUGGAAUAAUUCUCCCUGACCUCAAUUCUGUACUGGAUGGAAAUAUAGAGCCGUUUAUAAGAGCUCAUAUCUGUCUUAGACGAGGAAGAAAGCUUGGAUAGUUAUUCAUAUUUCAUUUGCUCUUUGAACGUCUUUAUUU